GACAGUGAAAUAGAUAAUUUAGUAGGCUAAAUAUUUUUGAGCGACUUUUUUAUUUGCUCUAUUCAUAUUGCAUAAAUUAAAUCUGUCGUGUAUUAACAAUAAUAAUAUUAUUUUCAAUUAUAGUUUCCUUUUGCUUGAGAAUUCUGUUGUAAUUGUCACCUAUUCAGCAAGAUAUGGGUAUAGAAAACAUGCGUCGUUGGCCCAUGUAUAUUGUGUUUGCUGUGUGUAUAUUGCUUAUACUUUCACUAUUUAAUAGCUGGAGCAUCGAAACUGAAUUACGAAACAGAGUUGCUGAAAUAAGUACUCAACUCCAAGAAUGUUCCAAGCAACAGACUUCGUGUAUGGAAGAAUCACUGACCCUACUGGAACAGAGGGAUGGUUAUGUUUCUAAAGUGAAUGAUUUAGAUAAACAAAAGGUCAAAUUAAACGACGACGUUGCUGAUUACAAAAAUAAGUUAUCAAAAUCCGAGACACAAGUGAAUCGCACAUUGGUUGAUGUGGAACUGUGUAAAACAGAGUUACAAUCUUUGAAAAACUUGCAACUCAGUAAGUCUGCUACGCUCGAAACUUUGCGUCUCGAAAAAGAUACUUUAACAGCUCAACUGGCUGAGAGGAAACAAAAAAUUGAGAUGUUGGAAAAGGAGAUAGAAAAGUUAAAAUCUUCGAUGACCACUAAGAGUGCUCCUGCUGUGCCAUCAAAGGUAACUCCUGCGGCACAACCACCCAAACUUAGUCCUGCUUUGAAUGUUCACAAUCCUAUUAAUGAGCCUGUCUUCGAUAAUGAUGCUAAAGAAGAAUUGGAAGAUGCUAAUGCUAUAAAUGAUGGAAGUGAUUUUGAUCAGCAAUUAAAAUAACUUUAAUACUCAGUAUCUAUAUUAUAUUGUUUAGUAUUUUUUUUUUGUUUCACAGGCAUUUUUCAGUAGUAAUAUUUUUAUACAUUGUAUUGCAUAGUUGUUAAUAUAUAGUUUCUCAUUCUAUUAAAUGCUUUAAAAUUAUACACUCAUAUAGUAUUUUUACGCUUUAUAGUAAUGAAAGAAGGAUGGGAAUUUUUGGAUACUAAUUUUUAGAGAUGUCUAAUGAAGGUAUCGAAAUAGAGAUAAUACUCACAAAUAAAAUUAUUUGCAAGGAUUCAAUUUGAAAUAAUGUGUGUUUUUAAUGUAAGGAGGAACAGCAAUCUGAUUUAUGCUAUUACUGCUGAGGUGCUUGUGGAAUGGUAGGUAUUUCUUAUUAAGGCAUAUCAACAUCAUCUGUACCAAUACAAUUAAAGUCAGACUACAUUAAAGUACUUUAU